UGGGUUGAUAUAGUAACGGAAAAUUGACUCAUUUUUUUUACACAUAUAUUCCACUUUUCCGUUCGAUGUGUGUUAUUAAAUAGAAAACUUUCUUUCUUUUUUUCCAAAAAAAAAAAUGGCAACCCUUCCAAUCGUACGAAAAAAGAAAAUAACUGCGAUUAAAUCACCGGCAAAACCAUCACGUGUGAUUACUAAUGCUGGAAAUAGAAUCGAUGAAAUUUCGACAAAAUCAUUGAAAUGUGAACGAAAAUUACGAAAACCAUCACGAUCGAUUGAUUGUGUUGAUAUUGAAUAUGCAACAUUGCCACCACUUCCGGACAUUCCAAUUCUUGAUGAAUCAUUUGAAGCAUCUAUUGAUAAUGAAAAAUUUCCGAAAGAUUGGCUAGAUGCGAUUGAAAAACGAAUGCAAAAAUUUGAAAUCAACGAAAAAAUAGAAAAACGUAAUCAACAACGAUUUCGUGAUGCAAUCAAUAAAAUUGAAAAGGAAAAUAUUUUGCUUAAAAAUGAAAAUGAAAAUCUUAAAGCCGAUAUUGAAUGUCGAAGAAUUCGAUUGAAUGAAUAUGAGAAAAAAUUCCAUUCAUCCAUUGAAGAAUGUUCAACGUAUGAAAUGAAUAUGAAAAAAGUUUUGAUGGAAAAUUCUCGUCUUCUUUAUCAAUUGAAUCAGAAAAAAAUCGAAUGCCAAAAUCUUCAGGAUAAACUUAAAAGUAUUCGAGAAAAUAUUGCCAUCGUAUUACGUGCCGAGCAUGAAAAGAUGAAAAAUCUUUUGAUUGAUUCAUUGGCUAAUAAAAAUCUACAAGAACAAAAACAUCAUCAACAACAAGAAGCUAAAUUUCAAGUUCUUCAAAAUCUAUUCAAUACUGAUGCAUCAUCUUCGGAAACUAUGCAUAUGGUUAAUUCGUCAACAAGACGACAACGUUCCAACAGUGAAUCAUCAGUAAGCCCGGAAAAAACAAACAAACGUGAUUUAAUAAGAUCGAAUGCUGCAACACCGGUUGUCAAUCCAAAAUAUGAUCAUGAAACAGCUAAAACAAACGGUAAAUGGAUUAAUCAUCAACCAACAUUAAUGCUGCCUAUGGGUACCAUAAUGAAACCAGUUAUUAAAAAUAAAAAAUCCGUUACACAAUUAAAAACAUCGGAUUUUUAUGGAAAUCGUCGUUCAGCUGCAUCGAAAUAUGCACUUAUACAUCAUGAAGCUACCAAUUCUGGUUCAAUUGAAACAAAAAUAUUCAAAGGUAAUGUUAUACCAUCAACUGCCGGUGGUGCACAGAUUGUUUUCAAUGAUGUUGAAUUAUUAAAACAAAUACCACCUUUGUAAAAAAACAUUGUUUGAUGAACAAAGUUUUCAGAAUAAUCAUCGAAUAAUUUCAAAAAACUUUUUUUUUCGUUGUAUUUCAUUUUCAAAAUUUCCAUAUCAAUUUUAUAGUAUAAAAUGUU